GCUGCCGGCCCCACCUGUGUUAAGCUGGGCCAGUGGGCCAGCACUCGGAGGGACCUCUUCUCCGAGGCCUUCUGCGAUGAGUUUUCCAAGCUGCACGUCGAGGUGAGCCCGCACCCGUGGGGCCACACAGCUGAGCUCCUGAGGAAGGCUUUUGGUGAGGACUGGGCAGGCGUCCUCAAGUUCCAAAGCCGAGAGCCAGUUGGCUCCGGCUGCGUCGCCCAGGUGUACAAAGCCUACGCCGACCUCGCAGCCAUCGCCGGCUCCCAGGCCGAGGAGCUGGCAUGGCCUUUACGGGCCGCUUUUGAGGCGUGGGAAGCGGCAGGCUUUAGAGGCCUUCUCAGGUGGCUGAGGAGGAGGAAGAGCAAAGAGACGUGGGAUGACAGGAUCAAGGAGGAGCUGAGCCAAGCAGACUGCUCCAGGGGAAGCCCUGUGCAUGGGAUGUCUCUUAUGGAGCAGAUGGCCAGACCACUCCCACAUGCAAAUCCUUCAUCAGCCAGACAUCUCACACCUGUAGCCAUUAAAGUCCUGCAUCCUGGCCUGGUCCACCAAGUCCAGAUGGAUCUGUUUCUCAUGAAGAUGGGUAGCCACAUCAUUGGACUUCUCCCUGGCUUCAAGUGGCUCAGUUUGACAGAGAUCGUGGAGGAGUUUGAGAAGCUUAUGAUUCAGCAGAUUGACUUACGCUAUGAAGCCAGAAAUCUGGAGCGCUUCCGACACAAUUUCCUAGAUGUCGAUUUUGUGACAUUUCCAACUCCUCUUUGGCCUCUGGUGACAGCAGAUGUUCUUGUGGAAACAUUUGAGGAGAGCGAGCCUAUUUCACACUACCUGGGUGCAGAGGUUGCCACAGAGCUGAGGCAGAGGCUUGCAAAGAUGGGCAUGGACAUGCUCCUGAAGAUGAUCUUUGUUGACAACUUUGUCCACGCCGACCUGCACCCUGGGAACAUCCUGGUUGGAG